AUGGCCGACAUCAAGUGGACACCGGUGCGCUACCUCUCGUACGGCGUGGGCCACGUGCUCAACGACAUGUGCGCGUCCACGUGGUUCUCGUAUCUCCUCGUAUUCCUGCUACACGCCGUGGAUAUGUCGCCCGUGGACUCGGCCGUCGUCAUGUUCUGCGGUCAAAUCGCAGACGGACUCGCCACUCCAUUGGUCGGAGUCUUCUCGGACAGAUCGUCAGGUCUCCCGUGGCUCGGCUUGGGUCGGCGCAAGACGUGGCUGGCGAUUGGCUCCUUAUUGGUCAUUCUCUGCUUCUUCUUCGUCUUCGGGGCUUGCGCUCCACGCUGGUUUUCGGACUCCCCCAGUCGAAUGGUCUUACUCGUCUACUACAGCGCAGCCGCUAGUAUCUUUAACAUCGGCUGGGCGACAGUUCAAGUCUCGCAUAUGGCCAUGGUGCCUGAGUUAUCAGACGAUGAUAACGUGCGCUGUGUUCUUAACAGCACUCGUUACGCCUUCACAAUUCUGUCAAAUGUGAUGGUAUUUUGUGUCUUCUUAGUGCUUCUCAGAGUUGUAUCACCACUGGGAGUGCCAGAUGCGGAGAAAUUCACUCUGUUAGCGUGCACGUCGCUGCUAGUUGGGGGCAUUUGCACUGUCGUAUUCUUAGCGGGAACGCCAGAGAAAAGCCCUGUGAUGGCCGAUUUGGAAGGCCGUGGACACAGCGCCUUCCCGUGCGAAGGAGACUUGGACGUCCCCGCCGUGGACGUAGUAGGAGCGUCGGACCACAUGACGUGGAGUUGCUGGUUCAAACUCGGCAUGUUCUACGAGGUGGGAAUGGUCUACAUGUGCACGAGACUGGUGGUGAAUGUGACGCAAGUCUUCAUCUCGUUCUACCUCAUUGUGACGCUGCAGAUGUCGGCUUCGUCGAUUGCUAUUGUGCCGCUGUUAGUGUACCUUUCGGGGUUUCUAGCCACGUUCUUCUUACGGUACUUGAACGAGUCGCUUGGACGCACUGGAUCCUUCGCUCUAGGAGCUGGAUUGAUCGUCGUGGCGCUCGUGCUCUCCUACUUUUUGACCCCGGAGACGGCGACGUGGGUGUACCCAUUCUCGAUCAUCUUGGGUAUGGGCAACUCUAUCAUCAUGGUCACGUCGGUGUGUCUGACUGGAGAUUUGGUCGGAAAUAACGUCGAGAGUGGAGCGUUCGUGUACGGCGCUAUGAGCUUCACGGACAAAAUCUCGAACGGUAUUGCGAUCUUGUUUAUUCAGAACACGCGUCAGCAGCUCCAAGACUUGCCGGAACAAGACAGCGAGUUUUUGCGGCAGGUGUACUGCACCUUGCCUUCCCUUGCUGCGCUUGUUGGGCUCUGUACGGUCAUGUUUAUGACGCACUGCAGUGGAUCGAGUGACAGAAGACGACGCAAAGUGGAGAGUGCGUCCAGUAGCCCAGCAGACGAAGCAGAGAUUCUCCUUGGGAACGACGAGUCCAAGUCGAACGGCUACGAUUCGAUCUAG